UUCUACAUGUAUCUUUUCUUUCUACACACUAGCAAUGCCAAAAAAGGAAAAGAAAAAGGACAAAAUGGUCAACCAUUGCUUUGAAGCUGAUCGUUUUGGUUAACACAAAUUCAAAGAAAUGACUCCAUUCAUAUCUAUGCCCGAAAGAAAUUGAACAGAUUUUCGCUGUUAGAGUAAACGAAAUGGGAUUCCAGUUCCAACAAAAAAUAAAGCUUCAUCCGGGAGAAAGAAAGAGUCCUUCUUAGUUAUGAAGUUAGGUUUGAGGCUUCAGCUUCUUGCUUCUUUGUAGUUUCAGCAAAACUGAGCUCUUCGAAACUUUCCAUCGAUUCCUCAUAUCGUCAUUCUCAAGAUCAGUUACUGUUAUUAUUGUUAUUAUUUUUUCCCAUGUCGAUUUUUGUUCAGCCUGAUUUCAGUUUUCUGCAACUGGGUAUUAUGCUCUCCAUGUGUUCGAUGAAUUUCCUGAGUGACACUUAGGAUGUUAUGCAUGUUACUGAAAUCUCUCACCAUUAGACAGGUCACUAUAUAAUCUGAAGAAGAGCUCAGAGUGGCAAAUGGAUUUUUAUUCGACCGUGUUCAUACUUGUUCAUCCCAAUGGAUAUGUAGAAGACACUGUAGAUGGACCCUUUCAAAGUUCGGAGCCUUUGUUGAUGAGCAUUCAUCGUCAAAAGUCUCUGCUUGAGUUGAAGAAUCUGAUAUUGAGGAAUAUGGGUGAACUUGAAAGGAAGCAGAUAUCUCGAAUGGCGUAUAGGUUGCAUGUUAAAAUUGGUCCGCAAGCAUCCGACUGUCAGGUUUUUUGGCUUAAGUCUGAUCAAGACAUUCAGUUGAUGUUUGGUUACCAUGACUCAAAUUCUGAGUUGCGGUGCAUAGAGUUGUAUGUUAAAGUUGAAGACACCAUUAGUUCAGCCAGUUCAAAAGCCAAUCCGCAAGUUGUUCAAUCGGAGAAUAAUGUUGGUAGAGGAGCAAAGAGAGUACAAUCACCAGUGACAUCCCCAAGUUUUGCGUUCCCCAUCCUUUUUGAAAAUUCAGAAGCUGUUGAUGGAAACAGAAGCAACAUUUGUGCAAGCCCAGCUAACAUGGCCUCAGGAGGUGUUGCAGUGGACAAAAUCCUUCCACCUAAGACUGGGAAUUUUAGGGGUGCCUGCAGUGCCUUUCCACCUCCAACUUCAAAGAAGCAUUCAUUUGUGGGCACAGGUGCUGAUCUAGGGCAUCCACCUCAGCCAAAAAUGCAAAAAAUGGUGGAUGGCAAAGGGAAGCCGGUUGAAAAUGGUGUGCUGCUCCCCGCCAUCGAGGAGUCCGAUGUGGAGUCCGAUGUGUACUCCAAACACUUUCAAGCCCAAGGUGUGUGCCCCAACUUAGAGCCACCCAUCACCUCCAACUCUCAGAUGGUGCUAGAAGGCCGAGUUAAGGAAUUGGAGAUCCGCCUUGAGUCAAAAGAAAACGAGAGAGCUGCCUUGGAGGAAUUGAAGGUUACUUUAACCGCCAAGAUUAGUAAUAUGGAAAACAAGCUGAAGGAGGCUGAUAAGGAGAAGUCACAGUUAAGGGAGAAGGAAACAGCAUCAAGAAGGAGAAUUGAGCAGUUGGAGGCAGAGGUCAAACAUCUAGGAUGUUGCGUCCCUGAAGCAAAGGAGAGAGCACACAGGAACAUCAUGGAGCAAGUGCAUCAUCUGGCUCCGGGUAUCGACUUUUCGCGUGUUCACCCUGAUUAUCAAGUUGUCAAUGGGGAGAUUGUAAAUCCUAACAAGGAUAGUGUAAAUAAUCCUCCUUUAUCACAGGAUGUUGCUUCUCAUAAUGUAAAUAACCCUCCUUUGCCACAGCAUGUUGCUUCUCAAAAUGUAAAUAAUCCUCCUCUAUCACAAAAGCAGUCUCAAGAUGAACGUCACCUACCAUACCCUGUACAAGCUUCUCUUCAAAAUUCUCAGACAGUUGGAAUUCAAAAUUUGGGAAAAGAUCCUGUUCCUAAUAAUGAGGUAGCCAAAACACUUAAUCCCAGCAGCGAAUCUCAGCAGUAUGCAAAGUUGCAGCAAAUAAGAAAUCAACAGGCUACAGUCAAUGAGCAGCGAGGAGGCCAAAUUAAUCGUCAAAAACAGGUACCGUUUGGCAUGUUUCUACCUAUCUUGAUACCUCAACUUCCCAAAGACCGAGCCAUGCAACUUCAAACUCUAUUUAGUAAAUUGAAGAAAGACGAAAUAGCAAAAGACAGUUUUGUGCAGCUUAUGAAAGGUAUUGUAGGGGACCAGAUGCUUAGAUUAGCAAUGGCAAAAAUACAAGCACAGCUGUUACAGAUGAGGCCCAACCAAGGACCUGUGGAGCAGCAGCACCCUGUUCGGAUGCCCACUGUUGGCUUAGGUGCAAGGCAAUUAAAUGAUCCGCAUGCUUUAGCUCCGCUUCAUCAGUGAAGUAUGAAUGCUGCUGCAGACCAAUCUCAUAUGACUUAUUCAGCUGUCCAAACUAUGGAGAACAAUGCUAGAAAAUAUCAAGAAUUGGAUGUUAGAAUGGAAACUCAGGGUUUGCAACCGAGCCAGUUGGCAUAUUCCAAUUCCAACACUGUUAAUCAGGAAGCAGAAAGAUGAUCUCUUCACAUACAGGGGCAAUAAGCAGCCACAGCAGCAGUAUCUACAUUUCCCAUCAGCAUAUGGUAGUAGUGGUGGUAAUUAUAAGCCUUUUUUCAGGGCCAACUAGUAGUACUGCUUCAUCUAUCAGACCACCACCAUAUGAGUCACAUAUGUAUCAAUUUCCGCCUCAAAGCACUUAUCCAAAUCACUUAGGUGGGACAACACAAGGCUUCAUUGGUAUGCCAAAACUUGAAUGGUAGAACACUUCCAAUGAUCCCAAGAGUCUGCCAGGUGAAUCUGUUGCUCUGUUAAACAAUCCAUCAUCCCAACAAACUCCAAAUGCAUGGCAACCACCAUCAAACAAAGAUCAAAAUUCAGGGCUAUUGUCAUCUGGUUAUGUAAAAAAGGAACUUAGUGAAUUACCCACUGAGCAGCGACAUAGGCAGAAUAUUUCUAAAAUGCAUGGAUUGCGUUCUGGUAAUUCUGCACAAAUUGAACCAGGAGGUGCCAAUCAAGGAACUAUAAAGGACGAAUUCUCAAGGGGCGUUCCAGCAUCCAGAAGUAUGGCACCUACAACAUCUACUGGCCUUAACAUCACUCAUUUCUGCUUCCCCUUCUGGAAUGGGUCAACUAGUUCCUACUGUCUCGUUUGAGAGUGAUAUACUUGAUCUUGACUAAUGCAGUGGCUUAACUUUUGUGGAUUAAAUACUGUCCAAUUAUGAUUGUUAAUAUGCGGUAUGCACCUGUAGUACCAACGCUAUAUUAAAUGUAUAUGUACAUAAUAUGUGUUCUCUUAGUGAUGAUAUUCAGUAAUUAAAUUGUUUGAUAGCUAUGGUUUUUUUUGCUGUCCUUAUUCAUAUUUCAAUCUUCUUGUAAGUCAGUUCUAAGAGAACA